AUGAUGCACCCCUCGCGGCAGGCAUAUGUCGAGGAGGCGGCCGAGGAGAUGGACACGGGCAUUGAUCUCGCCAACAUCCCUGUCGACACAGAUUAUGAGAUCCCUGCAUCUGCAGCGGGCAUCCCGUCCGAACGGGCAUCCGCCAUCACAGCUCAAUUCGAGCGUAAACGACGCGCCGCCGCCAUGGUCGUGCCGACAGACGAUACCCGUGUGCGCCUACGGCUACGAGAGCUCGGCGAACCCAUCACACUGUUUGGCGAAGGCCCAGUAGAUCGACGAGAUCGUCUGCGCGAGCUGCUGACCGAUCUAGCAGACCGACAGGGCGAGGGGGACAUUGAGAUGGAAGAGGCCGAGGAGGAAGAGGAGGUCGAACAGCAGGAGGAAUUCUACACAGAAGGCUCAGACGCGCUUCUAGAAGCCCGGAAAGCGAUUGCUCGCUAUUCACUACCACGCGCGAAGGCGCGGGUAGCACGACUGAAGGAGGAGUCGACGAUCCCACUGCGGACACACGUCAAGCACCGGAAAGCGGUCAAAGAGAAACUUGGAGGAUUCGAUCUAUACGGAUCGCAGAUUGCGGGUGAUCGACCGGUCAGCAUCUGCCGAUUUUCACCAGAUGGAAAGACUAUUGCGGCGGGCAAUUGGGGUGGCAAUAUUAAGCUGCUGACGGUGCCGAACUUGGAGGAAAAGGCGAACUUGAAGGGACAUAACGAUCGUGUUGGUGGCCUGGCAUGGUUCCCGGGGGCUACUCUCCCAGAAUCCAACGUUUCACCAUCGACCGUGAACCUUGUCUCCGGAGGCGGCGAAGGAAAUGUCAACCUAUGGUCCCUCGAUUCAGAUAAACCUCUAGCCACGUUGUCCGGACAUUCAGGGCGGGUAUGUCGCACUGAAUUCCACCCAUCAGGACGUUAUGCGGCAUCUGCCUCUUUCGAUACAACGUGGCGUUUGUGGGAUGUGGAGACCACCACCGAACUGCUCCUGCAAGAAGGUCAUUCCCGCGAAGUCUACACGGUAGCCUUUAACAAUGACGGGUCUCUCCUAGCUAGUGGAGGUAUGGACAGUAUUGGACGCAUCUGGGAUCUACGGACAGGCCGCACGGUAAUGAUUCUGGAGGGCCACGUUCGAGAAAUUUUCGGCAUGGACUGGGGUGUGGACGGAUACCGUGUGCUGUCCGGGUCUGGCGAUGGAUGGGUCAAAUGCUGGGAUCUGCGACAAGUGCGGAACAUUGGCGGUAUUGGUGCGCAUAAGAGUGUGGUGUCAGAUCUCCGCUGGUACAAGGGUCUCGAGUCAGCCUCCUUCUUGCCCUCUACUGAUGCCUCAAAUGGCCAGAUGGAGGUUGAUGGGGCUCCGGCGCCGACGAAUGAGGCCGGGGCUCAGCCUAAGAAGUCUGGUACUUUCUUCGUGUCGAGUGGUUUUGACAAGAAUGUCAAUAUCUUCAGUGCCGAUGACUGGUCGUUGGUGAAGACGCUGAGUGGGCACUCGGGCAAUGUCCUCAGUACAGAUGUCAGUGGUGAUGCACAGUGGAUUGCAAGCUGUGGUCAUGAUCGUACUGUGAAGCUCUGGGGUAUUGAGGGAUAG